AUGAAGAUCCAAAAACAACAAUGGGGAGUGGAGGAAUACUUUCCUGAAGAAAUCAUAGACAAAAUCCUGUUGAAGUUGCCCGUCAAAGAUGUAAUCAGAUGCAGCGCCGUGUGCAAGUUAUGGAACUCUCUCAUCAAAAACCCUACCUUCAUUCAAACCCACCUCAAGAAUCAAACCCACGACGGCAUUUCGAAGCGCCUCCUGCUCAUCUCCCGCCAAUCAUACGAUUUGCAUUGGGAUAACCCUGCAGCUUUAUUCGGUCAGUAUUCCAACCUCCGAAAUCCAAUUCGCAACAGUAAUUGGACCAAAGGUAUCGGUGGCCAAGUGGUCGGAACUUGUAACGGACUUGUAUGCCUUGCUGUUUCCUCAAUUCACGGUGACCCCUGCCCUCCUGUGAUUCUGUGGAAUCCAUCCAUUAGAAAGUUUGGGUUUUUGCCUAGUCCCAGUCGUGCCGUUGAUUGCUACCGGUGUGAAAGUUAUUAUCUCUGCUAUGAUUCUCGUAUAGAUGAUUAUAAGGUUGUGAGAAUUGUCAGGGAACCCUAUUGCCAGGUUGAGGUUGAGGUUUGGUCCUUGGCCUCAGCAAGUGCUUGGAAGAGUCUUGAUAAUGUUCCUGCCGAUUUUUCCCCUUGUACAUCUCAUCAUGCUUUUGUCAACGGCGCUCUUCACUGGGCUCAGAGCCGCCUGACAAGGGGGGAGGAGGAGGAGGAGGAGUCUACUGUUUCCGUUGUGGCAUUGGACUUGGUUGAUGGAUCAUUUCGCAACGUGGAGAUUCUCCAAGGUUGGAGAGGUGCACCAAUGAUUUCAAGGUACCAUGGUGAUGGGGAUCAGUGCUGGCUUGCGUUAUUUGAGUUGCAGGGAGACUCUUGUUUUGACUUGUGGGUGAUGAAAGAGUACGGUGUGGCUGAAUCAUGGACUAAAUUAUUCAAUGUGCAUCUGCUAGGAUCUCCGGAAGAAGAACUUCGGAUCGAGCCAUUUGGUUUUACAAAGAGUGGUCAGGUGGUGGUCAGAAUGGGUGGGUACGAAGAGUUCAAUUCGUUCAAGUCUUAUGACCCCAAGGACAAACAGUUUAGAGAUUUUGGAAAUCAGGCAUAUGACUACUACUUCAUGGAUUCUUUCGUGGAGAGCCUUGUCUUACUUGGCCAAACCAAUGUUUUUUCUUACUGA